CCUGCGCAGUCCUGCGUGUCUGACCUUCAUAGGAGUAACGAUGUUCGCCAGGACCAGCGCGUUGGUGUUCUCCCCACAAUGUGGGCAGGUCAGGAACAUGGCUACCUUGAAGGACAUCACCAUUCGGUUGAAGUCCAUCAAGAACAUCCAGAAAAUCACCAAGUCCAUGAAAAUGGUGGCCGCUGCCAAGUACGCCCGUGCUGAGAGGCAGCUGAAGCCGGCCAGAGUCUACGGCACCGGUGCUCUGGCCCUGUACGAGAAGGCCGACAUCAAAGUGCCGGAGGACAAGCCCGCCAAGCAUUUGAUCGUUGGCGUGACUUCCGACCGUGGACUCUGUGGUGCCAUCCACUCCGGUGUGGCCAAGCUCAUUAAGAGCGAGAUUGCCAACCUGACCAGCGCUGGCAAUGAGGUCAUGGUGAUCAAUGUGGGAGACAAGCUGAGAGGCCUGCUGCACAGAACUCAUGGAAAGCACAUCCUCCUGAACUGUAAGGAGGUCGGCCGCAAGCCCCCCAGCUUCGGUGAUGCUUCUAUUGUUGCCACUGAGCUCCUCAACUGUGGAUAUGAAUUUGACAAGGGCUCUGUCGUCUUCAACAGAUUCAGGUCUGUCAUCUCAUACAAAACGGACCAGAAGCCUUUGUUUUCCACGGACGUAGUUUCUAACGCAGAGAGCAUGGGCAUCUAUGAUGACAUCGAUGCUGACGUGCUGAGGAACUACCAGGAGUUUGCUCUGGUCAACAUCAUCUACCUGGCCCUGAGGGAGUCCUCCACCAGUGAGCAGAGUGCCAGGAUGACUGCUAUGGACAGCGCCAGCAAGAACGCCUCUGAGAUGAUUGACAAGCUGACCCUCACCUUCAAUCGCACCAGACAGGCCGUCAUCACCAAGGAGCUCAUUGAGAUCAUCUCCGGAGCUGCUGCCCUAUAAACGGGCCAGAUCGUCGCUUCCAUCACCUAGAGCUCUUCAAAGUACUUCAGGCACGUGUUGUUGAGUCUAUGAACAUUUGUGCUUCUAUUUGUAAAAUAUAUGGAGAAAAUAAACCUCUUACAGAUUCCUCAUCCUCUCUUCAGCCCUUGUAUCUGUUUUUUUUUGUUUUUGCCCCACAAUAAAAGCUGAUGACGGAGA